GGAAAGACCCCCAGGGACGGAGAGAAAGCUCCGACGGCGGAGACGAGCUUGCUGGUCUUCAACAGCGCCAUGGCCACGAUCAGCUGCGGAUACUGUCCUACUGCGCGACCGAGGGAAAGGAAAGAAGCGUUGGCUGGGAUUGGCAUUGCAAAAGGAUCUGAAUCACAAGAUGAUAUUAAGGAACCAGUGAUUCUUCAUAACAGAAUGAGGAAAUCACCAGGUUCCAUACAAAACCGAUAGACCAACAGACAAACGACUUGAUUCUUCUCCUUUUCUUGUGGUGCAGAAUGGACCUGCAGGAGUACUUCCAGAGGAUCGGCUUCAGCGGUGCGUUUGAGAGGCCGGACCUGGCCACCCUGCAGCUGGUGCACCGCCUGCACGUGCUGAACGUGCCCUUUGAGAACCUGAGCCUGCACAGCGGGCAGCAGAACAGCAUGGAGCUGCCGCUGAUCUUCAGCAAGCUGGUGCGCCAGCGGCGGGGAGGCUGGUGCUGCGAGAGCAACCUGCUCUUCUCCUGGGCACUGGGGCAGAUGGGGUACCAGCACACCACGCUGGGCGCCCGCGUCUACCACCCCCAGCAGCAGGACUUCAGCGCCCAGGAGGGGCACCUCCUCAACAGGGUGGACGUGGCCGGACGCUCCUACAUCGCUGACGUCAGCUUUGGGAUGGCAGAUCAGAUCUGGGAACCCCUGGAGCUGGUGUCGGGGAAGGAACAGCCCCAGCCCCCCGGAACCUUCUGCCUGAAGGAGGACGGCGGCACGUGGGUUCUGGAGAAAACAUCUCGCACGCCGCUGAUCCCCAACGAGGCCUUCGCCAAGUCCAGCCUCCUGGACCGCAGUCGGACCAGCCCCGUGUUCUGCUUCACCCUGGAGCCCCGACGGCCCGAGGACUUCCAUGCCGCCUCCCACUUCCUGCAGACCGCCCCCGACUCGCUCUACACCAACAAAUCCAUCUGCUCUCUGGCCACGCCCACGGGAUACAGAGCUGUGAUUGGCUUGAUUUACUGUGAGGUCACGUUUGGCUGCCAGGAAGAGUUUGACCUGAUGGAGAUGCGUAAGAUCACGGACGCCGAGGUCCAGGGCAUCCUGAGGGAGAAGUUUGGCAUGCCGCCCGUCCACAACCUCACACUGAAGAACAAUAAAAUAAACUACACCAUGUAACAUGCCGCCCAACCACAACAUCACACUGAAGAACAAUCAAAUCAACUACACCAUGUAACAUGCCGCCAGUCCACAACCUCACACUGAAGAACAAUCAAAUCAACUAACAUGCCGCCCGACCACAACCUCACACUGAAGAACAAUCAAAUCAACUACACCAUGUAACAUGGUGUUUGUGUCAGUUUGUGUAAUCUGUGCAAAGUCCUCUGUCCAUAAGUAGAGUUAUGUGUAAUAAAGUGGUCUGUGUAUACAGUUAUCU